GCCCGGCGCGACCUCUGCGGAUUGCAUCGGUGUGUGGCGGCGGGGCAUGCCCAGGGCACCGGGCACGGCCUUCAAUGGGCGAGGACACGGACACGCGGAAAAUUAACCACAGCUUCCUGCGGGACCACAGCUAUGUGACUGAAGCUGAUAUCAUCUCUACUGUUGAGUUCAACCACACCGGAGAGCUGCUGGCCACAGGCGACAAGGGUGGCCGGGUCGUCAUCUUCCAGCGGGAGCCAGAGAGUAAAAAUGCGCCUCACAGCCAGGGCGAGUAUGACGUCUACAGCACCUUCCAGAGCCACGAGCCGGAGUUUGACUAUCUCAAGAGUCUGGAGAUAGAGGAGAAAAUCAACAAGAUUAAGUGGCUUCCGCAGCAGAAUGCCGCCCACUCCCUGCUGUCCACGAACGAUAAAACUAUCAAGUUAUGGAAGAUUACGGAACGAGAUAAGAGGCCCGAGGGAUAUAACCUAAAAGAUGAAGAAGGGAAGCUUAAAGACCUGUCCACGGUGACGUCGCUGCAGGUGCCCGUGCUGAAGCCCAUGGAUCUGAUGGUGGAGGUGAGCCCACGGAGGGUCUUUGCCAAUGGCCACACCUACCACAUCAAUUCCAUCUCCGUCAACAGCGACUGUGAGACGUACAUGUCGGCAGAUGACCUUCGCAUUAACCUCUGGCACCUGGCCAUCACCGAUAGGAGCUUCAACAUCGUGGACAUCAAGCCCGCCAACAUGGAGGACCUCACGGAGGUGAUCACGGCGUCUGAGUUCCACCCCCACCACUGCAACCUCUUCGUCUACAGCAGCAGCAAGGGCUCCCUGCGUCUCUGCGACAUGCGUGCGGCCGCCCUGUGUGACAAGCACUCCAAACUGUUCGAAGAGCCCGAGGACCCCAGCAACCGCUCCUUCUUCUCCGAAAUCAUCUCCUCCGUGUCGGACGUGAAGUUCAGCCACAGUGGCCGAUACAUGCUCACCCGGGAUUACCUCACGGUCAAAGUCUGGGACCUUAACAUGGAGGCAAGGCCCAUCGAGACCUACCAGGUCCACGACUAUCUGCGGAGCAAGCUCUGUUCCCUGUACGAGAACGACUGCAUUUUCGACAAGUUUGAAUGUGCCUGGAACGGCAGCGACAGCGUCAUCAUGACCGGGGCCUACAACAACUUCUUCCGCAUGUUUGACCGGAACACCAAACGCGACGUGACCCUGGAGGCCUCGAGGGAGAGCAGCAAGCCGCGGGCCGUGCUCAAGCCCAGGCGCGUGUGCGUGGGCGGCAAGCGCAGGCGGGACGACAUCAGCGUGGACAGCCUUGACUUCACCAAGAAGAUCCUGCACACGGCCUGGCACCCGGCCGAGAACAUCAUCGCCAUCGCGGCCACCAACAACCUGUACAUCUUCCAGGACAAGGUGAACUCUGAGAUGCACUAGGUGUGUGCGGAGCCCCGUCGGGGACGCAGCCGUCUGGUGGCACGGCUGGGAGCGCGUCCCUCCCUCCCGGUCCCCAGGCCGGGCCGCCGCCGCUGGCCGCCGUCUGUUUGAAAACGGGAGGAAGGAGGGUUCACUGAAGCCACAGACCGUAACAUGGAUGUGACCGUCGCCUCGGGGAUCAGGCCCUUCGUUCAUUAACCGCGUGCCGCCUGUCCCGCUGUUAGGACUUUGUCAUUUCCAGGAUCACUUUUCACUCCUUCCAGCAGCAACUCGCAGGGGACAGCAGGCACCCCGGGGGGCCUCACGGCGCCCCCCCCCCCCCCAUCGGGGCUUUGGGGACCAGACGACGGA